CUUCAACGCGUCAGUUUUUUCAUAUUUUCAUAUAAAAUGCCUUUAUCUAAGGAAGCUUAUAUUCAAAUGGCCAUUUCUGCAUGGAAAGAGAAAAAAGUUAAAUCAAAAUUAAAAGCUGCUGAGAUAUUUGGCAUACCUGAAUCUAUACUUUGUGAUUGGCUUACUGAAGAAACUCUUAUCCAGCUACUGCUAGAUAUAGAUAGAUAAGGAUUUUUAAUUAGACUAGAAUUCCUAUGUAGAAUGGCAUAGCUUUUACUCUAUAAGCAUACACAGGACCCUUCUGUAGUUAUUAGGAUUAACUAGUUAUAUUCCUUUAUUAAAUGCUG